AUGGGAAAGCAGAACAGCAAGCUGACUCCAGAGGUGAUGGAGGAUCUGGUGAAGAAUACAGAGUUUAAUGAGCACGAGCUGAAGCAGUGGUACAAAGGCUUCCUGAAAGACUGCCCCAGUGGCAGGCUGAAUCUGGAGGAGUUCCAGCAGCUUUACGUCAAGUUCUUCCCUUAUGGCGAUGCAUCAAAGUUUGCACAACACGCCUUCAGAACCUUUGACAAAAACGGAGACGGGACCAUCGAUUUCCGAGAGUUCAUCUGCGCCCUGUCCAUCACAUCCCGUGGCAGCUUCGAGCAGAAACUCAACUGGGCCUUCAACAUGUAUGACCUGGAUGGCGACGGCAAAAUCACCAGAGUGGAGAUGCUGGAGAUAAUCGAGGCUAUCUACAAAAUGGUGGGCACUGUGAUCAUGAUGAAGAUGAACGAGGACGGCCUGACACCAGAGCAGAGGGUGGACAAGAUCUUCAGCAAAAUGGAUAAGAACAACGACGACCAGAUCUCGUUGGAGGAGUUCAAAGAGGCGGCGAAGAGCGAUCCGUCCAUCGUGCUCCUGUUGCAGUGUGACAUGCAGAAGUGA